GGAAAGUCAGAUUUGAGAAGCCGAAUGUCCUGAACAGACUGCUUAUGGUUUAUGAUAUGGGUGCCCCUUCACCAACCGGUAUGGGUGAACGGUUGACAAAAAUGUCUUAUUCCUUCGCCAAAUAUCGGAUUCUUUUUACACUAGUGGUGACGAUAGCAAUAUUGAUCCUGAUUAUGAACAUUCAUCAUAUGCAGGAUACUCAUUCUACAACUUUGAAAACAGCACCUUAUUCAAAGGAUUUCGCAUUUCCAAGAUCCUAUCAAUCAUUGAAGCAGAAGAUACAAAUGAAGAAGGUUGUUGCAACUGUCAAACCGAUGAUCUGUCACUACCAGAAUCAGAGCUCUGUACCUGAAGAAAGAUCUGAGGAGAUGUUCUUAUUGAAAAUGAUUGAAUGGCCAAUGCCACCUCAAGCUCGCACACCCUUUAUGAACAGCACUGACCCAAAACACUCUCACUUUCUUAUUUUAAACUCUCAGAAUACUUUCCACGUUGGGGAUCAGUUACAGGUGAUGGUCCACAUGUAUGAUUUUUCAGGAAACCCGAAGCAAUACGGAGGUGACUAUCUCCAGGCCCGGAUCCACACCCCAGAGCUCAAAGCGGGUUCAGUGGGAACAGUUGUCGAUUAUCUAAAUGGAUCGUACAAGAUCAAUUUUACUUUAUUCUGGCCGGGGAAAGUUGAGGUGUCCGUUACCUUGGUUCAUCCCAGUGAAGGAAUUCAAGUCCUUCAAAGGCUGCGUGAUGAACGGCCAGAUAAGGUGUACUUUAAGAGCUUAUUUAGAUCAGGGUCUGUCCAAGAGACGACUAUGUGCAGUGUUUGCUUGCCUGAGACUGCACCACUCUGUAAUUUUACUGAUCUCAAGACUGGUGAACGGUGGUUUUGUUACAAACCAAAGAAGCUCCCCUGCACUACUCGUCUCAACCAUGCUAAAGGAGGAUAUAAGAAAGGCCUCUUAAAAGGAGCAGAAGGUCGUUUUCUCACAAGCAAAGUCAACCUCCAACAACCUGUAUUACCCAGUGGACCAGGUUUUGUAAAUGUGAAGGCUUCAACUCAUGCAGGUGCAAAUCUCAGACGGUGUGUCCGUGGUAAAUCUCUGGCUUCACCGUCAGGUUUCUAUUAUCAGGAUCAAUGGAUGUCAGCAACCUGUAAUAUUCACCGCUUCAACACUCCAAACAUUACAGCCUGCCUUCGUAAGAAAAUAGUGCACCUCUUUGGAGAUUCCACUAUACGACAGUGGUUUGAAUAUUUAACUAAAUUUCAACCAGGGCUUAAGAGGUUUCCUCUUGGCAAUAAUGAAAAUACCGGUCCACACCUUGCUAUCGAUAUGAAAAACCAGAUCAUGGUGAAAUAUCAUUGCCACGCUCCUCCAAUCCGAUUCUACAUUGAAACUCCAAACAUGCUCUACAUUGCAAACGCACUGGAUGAAUGCAUGCUCAUAAUGGCUUUUAAUGGUGUGGGAACAAUACCAGAAGAUUGGGAGAGGUUUAUGAUGUCAACAGAAGCUGUGUUCGAAACCGAAAACAUCAACGUAUUUAUAACCUGUACCCGUUGCAGCUUCGCCUGCAACCAAAUGAUCCAAUAUGAAAUGUAG